AUGGGGCCUGCUCCGGGGUACUACCGCCGUCAGCUGGAGGAACAAAAGCUUAUUCGACGGCAGCCACAAAACCUGACUGGCAGGCGAGCGACCACAACGUCCGAUGGAUCUCGGUCAGCCUCCUGGAGGCCCACACUCAUCUCUUGUCGGCCAUGA